ACUGGCCAGCUCCAGACCAAGGAGGCCCUCACCAAGGCCAUCAAAGCCAUGCAGAAGUUCGGAGGGCUGAAGGAGACCGGAGUCUUCGACCAAGCCACCCUGGGCCUAAUGAAAACCCCCAGAUGUUCCCUGCCAGAUGUGUCCGAGGCCGAGGGGACGACGGGGCGCAGGAAACGAAGCUCCAGCCCUCAGAACAAAUGGAAUAAGAGGCACCUGUCCUGGAGAGUGAGGACCUUCCCCAAGGACUCGGCCUUGCUGGGCAGGGACACCGUUCGGGCCCUGAUGUACUACGCCCUGAAGGUCUGGAGUGACAUCGCGCCGCUCAACUUCCACGAGGUGGCCGGCAGCGACGCCGACAUCCAGAUCGACUUCACCAAGGCCGACCACAACGACGGAUAUCCGUUUGACGGGCCGGGGGGCACCGUGGCGCACGCCUUUUUCCCCGGAGAGAGGUUCACGGCUGGAGACACGCACUUCGACGACGACGAGGCCUGGACCUUCAGAUCACCAGAGACCCACGGGAUGGAUCUGUUCGCGGUCGCGGUCCACGAGUUCGGCCACGCCAUCGGCCUGGUCCACACCUCGGCCAUCGAGUCCAUCAUGAGGCCGUACUACCAGGGUCCGGUGGGAGACCCUCUGAAGUACGAUCUGCCCUACGAGGACAAAGUCAGAGUCUGGCAGCUGUACGGAGUCAGAGACUCGGUGUCCCACACAAAUCAGCCAGGAAACCCCUCCCAGACGGCAGAACCUCCCGUCCUGCUGGACCUUCCGGAAAACAGAUCCACGCUCCUGCUGGCGCGAGAUGCCCCGGACAGAUGCACCAGCCAGUUCGACGCCGUGGCCCAAAUACGAGGGGAGGCCUUCUUUUUCAAAGGAAAGUACUUCUGGCGACUAACGAGAGAGAAGCACCUGGUGUCUCUCCGUCCGGCUCAGAUUCAUCGUUUCUGGAGGGGCCUCCCUCCCAACCUGGACAGCGUGGACGCCGUGUACGAGCGGCCAGGGGACCACAAAAUAGUCUUUUUCAAAGGUCUGAAGUAUUGGGUCUUCAAAGACAACAACGUGGAGGAGGGCUAUCCUCGUCCCAUCAGCGACUUCGGCCUCCCGAUGGAAGGAGUGGACGCCGCCUUCGUUUGGCUGCACAACGACAAAACCUACUUCUUCAAGGACAACCACUACUGGCGCUACGACGACCACCAGCGGCGCAUGGACCUGGGCUACCCUAAAGACAGCACGCUGUGGAAGGGGCUGCCGCCACAGCUGGACGACGCCAUGAGGUGGUCGGACGGCUCGUCCUACUUCUUCAAGGGGAAGGAGUACUGGCGGGUGCCGGGCAGCGACAUGGAGGUGGAGGCCGGAUACCCCCGCCUCAUCGCCAAGGACUGGCUGCUGUGCACUGAGAUGCAGUCGGACUCUCCGGACGCGGAGCCCAAAAGCACGGAGACGAGAGUCAACGUGCACCGGCACCCGGACCACGCCGAGAACGGCUACGAGGUGUGCUCCUGCACCUCGGACACCGCCUCGCCUUCGGGGGUCCGCCUCUCGCCGUCGCCCCUCUGGCUGCUGCCUCCUCUCUGGACGCUGUCGCUGGCCCUCCGCUCUGAACUGCUAUGA